UAUCAAUCAUAACGGGAGUGACUCCUAAAUGUUUUUUCGACGGUUAAAUGAUAUUUUUGUUGAACCAUAGUACUAAAACCGAUUAGUUAUGCAAUGGAGAUGAUAAACCAGUGCCACUGCUGCCUGCGGCGGCCUCCAACGAAGGAUAUGAAGACGCCGUACACCCGCCUCGGAAUAAUGGAGAUAUAUUCGGCCAUGUUAGAAGAAUGCUUUGCAAUUGAUGUAACUUUGGGCUAUGAUGGCAAGAGUGGGAUCUGCGAGAACUGCGUGGGCCGGCUGCGGGAAGCAUGCCACUUCAAGCUGCUAGUGCAGCACAGCCAGGCCAAGCUGCGGGGGGGUUUGGAGUCAAAAAAUCAUGUCAAAGACGAGGAGCCCCCAGUUGUGCUGACUGAAGAAGGAACAUGUGAAAAGACCUCUCUACAUGAAGAGUUAAUCAUCAAGUCCGAAUGUGAGGAUACGGACGCGGCUAAUGACGAGGACUGCAUGCCACAUGAAGAGUUAAUCAUCAAGUCCGAAUGUGAGGAUACGGACGCGGUUAAUGACGAGGACUGCAUGUCAUCACACAACGAAUACGCAUCGAGACAAUUCUAA